UUAUCUCUCAGACUGGUCCGAUCCGAAAGAGGCCUUGGUCCCAGUGGGUGGACCUUUAAAAGCCACUGGUCCUGAUGGUCUGGUGCCACAUGCAGAAGGUCUCCACAUGGUGCAGCUCAGUCGGACUGCAGGACACCGUGAACCCUGUUGAGCCUCUUCUCCCUGCCUCAGCCGACAAUGUUCAACUCCACGUUGAGUCCCACCAGCAACGUCUACGUCAACUCCACCACCCCUGGCGCCCCCCUUGGACCUCCGCCAUGGUACCAGUACCACAUGUGUUCAGUGGCCCCUUACGGCUACGUGUUCUACUUCGUGGUCAAGAUUUUGAACCUGUUCGUGGGGGCGCCCUGUAACAUCCUGGUCAUCUGGCAGAUCCUCUCGAAGAAGAGCGACGCCACCACCUCGGACAUCUUCAUCUUUAACCUGGCCGUCCUGGACGCCUUCUUCUGCCUGAUGACCCCCAUAGAUAUGGUCAACCGCCUGCUGCUGGGGGACAGUAAUAUCUGGUUCUUUCAGAGAUUCACUUACGGGGUCAAAGAUAUAGCGCCGCUCUUUUUGGUGUGCAUUUGCCUCGACCGCUACAUCGCUGUGGUCCACCCAGUGCUGUUCACUGGUAUCCGGGACAACAAGAUCCGCAUCGGCAUCUCUGUGUUGGUCUGGGGUUUCACGCUGGCUUACGGCGUCGCCAAAAGCCUCCUGGAUGUGGUGAAGGCCAGCGGCAUCUUCAGCGGGGUCAUCCUCUUCGCCUUCGCAGUCAUGGUCUUCUGCAACAUCUCGAUCAUCUGGGUGCUGCGCCGCUCCGUGGCGGGGAAGGAGGUGAUGCACCCAGUGAAGAAGAGGGCCUUUAAGACCGUGCUGAUCAUCCUGGUCAUCAUCGUGGUCAACUACCUGCCUCCUGUGGCGCUCAUGCCCUUUGUGGCGUACUACACGUUGGUGGCGUACCGCUGCCAGAUCAGCACCAGCGUGUUCGCCCUCAUGGACCUGAGCAGCAGCCUGGAGCCUCUUCUCUACAUCACCAAGAUGGAGCUCAAGGACAUCAAGUGCUGCGGGCGGAGUCUGUCCGAGAAGCCCGAGGACGUCAAGGUGUAGGAAUCAAUUCACCAAUCACGAAUAAAUUAAUAAUCUGCAGGACAAAACCAAAACGCAGUUACUACAACAUCUGGUUCAAACUGAAUCUUUCUUGUCAGUUUCUUGAA